UCUCCAUUCCGCUUGAUUCCGCUGCUACGUUCAAAGUGGACAGUGGCCGAGUGGCGUGUGACGACUGAUGGUCAAUGGACGUAACCUGUCGCACGUUCACAUGGUACUUGCAGCGAGACAGCACGACGACGGUCCUGAAGCAUCCCGGGUUAAUCACGGAGAGAGCGGCACGCCAUGAACGCGUUAAUUCACACGAAAACGAUGAUCGCCGGUCGCGGUGGAGUCAUUGCUCGACGGUACUCCCCGUUUAAAUUAUUGUACAGUGCUAAUCAUACGAUGGGUGGCAUAGCUCUAAUUUAUACAGACUUGAGAGAGCCAAGAAGAUUAUUGCUGGAGCCUACACUGCCACCAAUGUACAUUAAUGAUAAAAACGUAACAUGUCUACAAAUUCGUACUUUUUAUGUUACUCCAAGUUGGAAUGGUCAAGAGCCAUCAUCUAAGAUCGAAGAAACGGUGAAGAACAUUAAAGAGGAGAAAGAACUUAAAGAUAAGAGGGUAGACGGUGUUGUAAAAACUAACGAACAAGAGAAGAAAGCUGUCGCUAAAGUUACCAUAUGGCAAAAAAUUAAGGGCGAAAUAUUGCAUUAUUAUCAUGGAUUUCGGUUACUGGGGCUCGAUAUGAAAGUGUCGGCAAAGUUAAUAUGGAGAAUUUUACAUGGGAAAGAGCUUAGCAGGAGGGAGCAUCGUUUGCUGAUAAAAACGACUGGGGAUAUGUUCAGGUUGAUUCCGUUCUCUGUUUUUAUCAUCGUUCCAUUUAUGGAAUUUUUAUUGCCAGUGGCAAUUAAGUUAUUCCCUGGCAUGCUACCUUCUACCUUUCAAACAGCAACCGAGAAGGAAGAUAAACUUAAACAAGCCUUGAAGGUCAAAAUAGAGAUGGCAAAGUUUUUACAAAAAACAUUAGAUGAAAUGUCGUUGCAAUCAUCAGAUCACAAGUCUGAGAAAGCUAAAGAAUUUGCAGAAUUUUUCUACAAAGUACGGACCACUGGCACUAUUGCGACCAACGAAGAAAUCAUGAAAUUUAGCAAAGUUUUCGAGGAUGAAAUUACUCUAGAUUCCCUCUCACGGCCACAAUUAAUUGCUUUAUGCCGUGUAUUAGAUGUGCAAACACUUGGAACUACCAAUUUCUUACGGUUUCUACUAAGGAUGAGACUCAGAAGUCUUACUGCAGAUGACAAAUUAAUUGAGAAGGAAGGAGUCGAUACCCUAACCAGAACCGAACUGCAACAAGCUUGCAGAGCACGUGCUAUGCGUGCUUAUGGAUUGCCAGAGAACAGAUUGAGGGAACAACUGUCACAGUGGCUGGAUCUAAGUUUAAUUAAAAAGGUUCCACCCUCUUUGUUACUAUUAUCACGAGCGCUUAUGAUACCUGAGACGAUGCCUAUGUCCGACAAGCUAAAGGCGACUAUUUCGGCCUUGCCUGAUGCAGUUGUGGCACGUACAAAGGGUGCCAUUGGAGAGAAAGAGGGUAAAGUGGACCAUAGAACUAAUAUCGAGAUUAUAAAAAUGGAAGAACGCAAGAUCGAAGAAGAGAGAAAGGAAAAGAAAGACGCUGAACCACAGCCAGCUAUUCUGGAAUGCGAUACUAAAGCGGAUGAAAUUACUACCACAGAUGUCAAAGUUUUGGAACAAGCUCUGGAUUCAAUUGGCAAGGAUAAUAAAAAUAUGGCUGUCGAAAAAGAGGAAAUCAAGGAACUUAAAGAAGAAAUGGCAGAAUAUCAAGAAGAUAUUAAGGAAUUAGAUCAAAUUAAGGCAGAGACAAAGGGUGAAGCAGAUAUAGAAAAUAUCAAAGUAUCGAAAGGUGCUAAUAGACUAUUUAAAAAGGUAAACAAAAUGAUCUCGAAAAUGGAUGCGGUUUUGUUGGAGCUUGAACAAUCUGAGAAAAAAGUUAAACAAAGAAUCGAGUUGUUGGAUCCUAAUGAGAAACGAGAUGUCAAAGAUGUUGAAGAAUUAGUUAAAAUAGACGAGCUGGUUGCAGCCAUUAAACAAAUCCAAAGUGUACCCGAUGACCAUCGCUUAAAACGCAUAACAGAAAUUUUAGGGAAAAUUGAUGACGAUCAUGAUGGUGCAAUAAAAAUAGAAGAUGUCUUAAAGGUUGUAGAAUUAAUAGGUAAGGAAGAUGUUAAAUUAAGUAAAAAUCAAGUGGACGAAUUGAUAGAAUUAAUGGAUAAAGAAGAAAUACUAGAAGUAGAGGAACAAAUACAAAAAUUGGUGGAAAAGGAUUCCAAGAUAUCCCCACAGACAGAAGAGAAUAUAAAAGUGAAUAAGAAGAGAAUAUAAAAGAUGUAAAUUUCCUGUAAAA